CACUCUUUAAGAGUCCAUUUGGAGCUCCUCUCCCAAGCUCGCUGCCAGGAUCCGCUGCUUUGGUAACAUCCCUGAGACAAGAUGGUGAAGGUCGGAGUCAAUGGAUUUGGCCGUAUCGGACGCCUGGUGACCCGUGCUGCGUUCAACUCAGGCGGAGUAGACAUUGUAGCCAUCAAUGACCCCUUCAUUGACCUUAACUACAUGGUUUAUAUGUUUCAAUAUGAUUCCACCCAUGGCAAGUUCAAGGGCACUGUCAAGGCUGAGAACGGAAAGCUGGUGAUCAAUGGGAAGGCCAUUACCAUCUUCCAGAAGCGGGAUCCCACCAACAUUAAAUGGGGAGAUGCUGGAGCUGAAUAUGUCGUCGAGUCCACUGGCGUGUUUACCACCAUGGAGAAAGCCGGGGCUCACUUGAAGGGUGGAGCUAAGCGAGUCAUCAUCUCUGCGCCUUCAGCUGAUGCUCCGAUGUUCGUGAUAGGAGUGAACCAUGAGAAAUAUGACAAUUCCCUUAAGAUUGUCAGCAAUGCCUCCUGCACUACCAACUGCUUGGCCCCCUUGGCCAAGGUCAUUCAUGACAACUUUGGCAUUGUGGAAGGACUCAUGACCACAGUUCAUGCUAUCACUGCUACUCAGAAGACAGUCGAUGGCCCAUCCGGCAAGCUGUGGCGUGAUGGGCGUGGUGCUGCCCAGAACAUCAUCCCGGCUUCCACCGGUGCUGCUAAGGCGGUAGGCAAGGUCAUACCUGAGCUGAACGGAAAGCUCACAGGCAUGGCUUUCCGCGUUCCUACUCCCAACGUGUCCGUUGUAGAUCUGACCUGCCGCCUGGAGAAACCCGCCAAAUAUGAUGACAUCAAGAAAGUGGUGAAGCAAGCAGCAGAGGGACCCAUGAAGGGCAUCUUGGGCUACACAGAGGACCAGGUUGUAUCCUGUGACUUCAACAGCAACACUCACUCUUCCACCUUUGAUGCUGGAGCUGGCAUUGCCUUCAAUGACCAUUUUGUCAAGCUCAUUUCCUGGUAUGACAACGAGUAUGGUUACAGCAACCGCAUAGUGGACCUCAUGGUCUACAUGGCCUCCAAGGAGUAAAGUGGGAAGCCAUGGAUCUUCAUCCCCAGCCAAAAUAAGUGUUCCACCAUUGGGGAGCCCACAUCCCUAACCUAUGUUCCUAUACUGGGGAUCUCAUGCCCCAUUCACAUCAUUGUCCAAAGCUAUCCCUGUAGUAGGGGAGAGAAGCCUAGAGUGUCCUAUAUUGUGUACCAUCAAUAAAGUCACCGUAUUCAGUGAAAAAAAAAAAAAAAAAAAAAAGAGUCCAUUUG